GUCCCCCCUGCCACCCCCCCCGCCCCCCCGGGUUGGGCCGGCCCCGCCAUGUCGGUGAACAUGGAGGAGCUGCGGCACCAGGUGAUGAUCAACCAGUUCGUGCUGGCGGCCGGCUGCGCCGCCGACCAGGCCAAGCAGCUGCUGCAGGCGGCCCAUUGGCAGUUCGAGACCGCCCUGAGCGCCUUUUUCCAGGAGACCAACAUUCCCAACAGCCACCACCACCACCAGAUGAUGUGCACCCCAAGCAACACGCCGGCCACUCCGCCCAACUUCCCGGAUGCUCUCGCCAUGUUCUCCAAGCUGCGAACCUCCGAAAACCUCCAGAGCAGCAACAGCCCCAUCACCUCCAUGGCCUGCUCCCCCCCGGGCAGUUUCAGCCCCUUCUGGGCCUCUUCACCCCCCAGCCAACAGCCCUCCUGGCUGCCCCCCUCCUCGCCCACAGCCCACGGCCUCCAUCACCACCUGCACCACCCGCAGCCCUCCUGGCCCCCCGCGCCCCCCCCAGCCGCCCCCCCACAGAAAGCCAUGGCCACAAUGGAUGGCCAAAGAUAAGGGGGGGGGGGGGGAGGGGGAGAAACAGGGCCAGGGCGUUUGCAGCAGGGGGGGCUUCCUGAGAAACGCACUGGAAUCAUUUUCUAGGUUUUAUCCUUUGUUGGUUACUUUUUGGGGUGGUGGGGGGGGGUGGUAGGGAGGUGGGGGGGGGGUUUGGGGACGCUGCCGGGAAGGCCCAUGCAAGUUGCUUGCUGGUCUUUUCUCCCCCUAAUUUUUUAUUUUAAAUAUAUAACUAUAAUAUAUAAAUAUAUCUAAUGUAUAUAAAUCCAGAGAGAACCGAGCAGAGGGUGCAACCCCCGGCAAUGCAAGCAAGGGAAUGGGAAGGGGGGAGGGGGGAGGGGGGGGGAAGAUACGAACCCAAAGGGAUGGAGACGGCUGCCUGCACCCGGUCCCAUUGGGACAGCCCCCCCGUGACCCCCCCAGCUUGGGGUGCUGAGAGCAAAACGCAUCUCUGGCUUUUGGGAUCAGCCUGGCUUCUUGCACAGCCCCCCAUCCCUCAUCCCAGCUGGGGGGUGGGGAGCUGUGAUUUCAGAAGGUGAGGGGCUGUGAUGCGACGAGGCGAUGCUCCCCCCAUCCCCACAGCCGCUGCUCGUGGGCCCUUCCUGGUGGAGGCAGUGGG